UAUAGUGUAGUCUCUGUGUCUGUGUGUGGGGAGAGGGAGACAUGGAGGCUAACAGUAAUAAGAAUGUUAAUGUUAGUUUUUUAGCAGAAGAAGAUGGAGAAGAUGAGGAAGUUCUCAAGAGGAGAAUCUCUUGCCAUCCUUUAUAUGGGCUUUUGAUUGAGACUCAUUUGGACUGUUUGAAGGUGAGCUUGGGAGAUAUUGGAGAAGCUAGUAGAAAUGCAUUCAAUCCAGAUAUCAUCAAGUCUGAUAGUAGUAUGUCCUAUUGUUCAGACUUGGAUCAUUUCAUGGCAACAUACUGCAUGGCACUGAGUGAGCUGAAAGAAGCCAUGGAAGAGCCUCUGCAAGAGACAACAGCUUUUAUCAAUGGCAUGUAUUUUCAACUCAUGGACCUCAUGGGGACCCACUCAACUCACACUGAACCCAUCUCUUCUGGAGAGGAAAUCGGUGGGGUUCAUUGCCAGACCCAGAAUCCAAGAGCCCAUUUUAUCUGCAACCUGGAAGAACCAUGCAUCGUCGAGGAGGAUUUCAUGGAGAUGCACAUCAACGGUGGAUUGCAUAGUGGGUCCCACAGGGGAACUUCUCCAGCGGUGGAAGAUGCUGUCAUGCCAAAUGGUAAUUUCCUUGCUUAAGGUGACCUCUGUGCAGCUUGGGAUGGAUUUGUGUUAGGUAGCUUGCUGUCUUUGUUUAAGGUCAGGUGCUUUAGAACGCGGGAACUGCUGUGUACAAAAGAAUGCCAGUGCUUCAGUAAUUUCUCAGUAGUGGUUUAUGAACAUA